UUCCAAGAGAGAGGAGAGGGGAGCCAGAGAGAGGGGCGCAAGGUUACACUGCAAGGUCUUUGCAAAAAUGGGGGACGACCGACCUUUUGUGUGCAGUGCUCCCGGCUGUGGACAGAGGUUUACCAAUGAGGACCAUUUGGCUGUACACAAACACAAACAUGAGAUGACACUGAAAUUUGGACCACCAAGGACUGAUUCUGUCAUUAUUGCAGACACAACACCUACUCCCACCCGCUUCCUAAAGAACUGUGAGGAGGUUGGUCUGUUCAAUGAGCUGGCCAGCUCAUUCGACCAAGAUGACGAUGAAAAGAGGGCAAAGAACUCGCACCCUGCUGCCAAUUCUGCAGCUUUGGACAUGAGCCUGCAGACAGCAUCAGAAGUAAAGGUGAAAAAGGAGGCACCCGUGGAGGUCGACUCCUCGCCACCAGACAGUCCCGAAUCUAUAUCUGGAGGAUCAGACAGUAGCAUAGAGUCUCUGGUUAAAGAAAAGGAUUUUACUCCUACCAGGAGUUCAGCCCCCACCCCGACUAUUGUGCGUCCAGGUUCCCUCCCAUUACACUUGGGCUUUGAUGGCCUCCACCCUACUAUGCCAUCACCAACUUCUGUCAUCACACAGGCACCACCCUCCAGUCGUACUCUGGGUUCUCCAACCAGCCACUACCCCAUGAUGAUGCUUCCCUCUGGCCAGGCAGUGCCUUUGCUCCCUGGCCCUGUACAGAUUCCCUCUGUCAUUAAUCUGGCCCGACCCUUGUGCAUGGUACCCAACAUUCCUGGGAUCCCUGGUCCUCCUCUGGGAGGCAGCAGCAGCGGCUCUAACUCCCCCUCUGGCUACAGCAUCCACUCAGAAGCCAAGAUGCGCCUGAAGGCUGCGCUGUCACAGCAGAGCCCGUCAGGACAUAGUAUGGGGAUCAUGGGCAUGGGCGGCAGCCCUAUGGUGCCUCAGAGGGCAGAGCAGAGCCAGCUGCUUGUCCAACAUCCAGAUGCUCCAUCACCUGCUCAACCUCAGGUAUCUCCAGCACAGCCUACAGGUGGGCGUCGGCGGCGGACAGCAGACGAUGACCCAGAUGAGCGAAGGCAGCGCUUCCUCGAGAGGAACCGGGCUGCGGCGUCACGUUGCAGACAAAAACGCAAACUGUGGGUCAAUUCUUUGGAGAAGAAGGCAGAGGAGCUCAGCUCCAUGAACGUCUCGCUGUCGAAUGAAGUGUCUCUCUUGCGGAACGAGGUGGCUCAUUUGAAGCAGUUGCUGCUGGCCCACAAGGACUGUCCUGUUACCAACCUACAGAAGAAGACUGCCUACUUAGCUGUAGAAGAGAGCAUGAGAGACACCUCAGAGCCCACAGGUUCCCCUGCACAAGUGAUCCAGCACAGCUCCUUGGCACUCAGCCCCCAAAACGGCCUGAGCUCAAGGGCAGCAGCUGAGGCCAUGGCCAUGUCUGUGCUGGCAGGAAUGGGCCAGCAGCAGAGGGCUGAGAGUGGACCCUCUCAUAUUAUCAUGGCUGCACAGUCUCAAUCUGCUGCCAGAUGAUGAGCGAUGUCAUCAUGGCCAAGACUUGGCUCACCCCCGAGGGGCAGAAUAAGAGCAGUGGAUACCCCCCCCCCCCCCAUACUCCUCCCAACUCCCUCAAUCUAGAAGUCCAAAUAUCUCGUCUUUCGCUUCCCCUCGUUAUCCUCUGCUCUCCCUGACCCUCCUCUGGAGCCAUCAUGCUGUGGCCUGGAGCUCAGCAGCAGCCUUCUGGGAAUGGACUGAGACUUUGGAGAGAGCUUCCUGUUCACUUUGCCACAGACUACAGGGGCUGGAAUCCCCCCCUACACCCCCCCUCCCUCGUGAUCAAAUCAGAAACCAAACAAUACACACAGGACUUUACACUGUUUUCAGCGGGCAGUAGUGCCUUGUGCCUCCUUGACAUUUUUAGCCAUGCACACACCCACACACGCCAUCACAGCAUACGUCCCCUCCUGUACAUCCACUUCUCCAAAGAUGCAGUAGUAUCUUCAAUAGUCAUACGACCGUUUUGUAAACAGUUCCACCUCAAGGUGAUCUCGACCCAGAAUCUUACCUCAUUUACUCCCCCCCCCCCCCCCCCCCCAUGAUGAAAUGUAUGAAUUGUGUGUGUGGUUGGCUCUGUGUGUAUAUAUUCAUGUACAUCAGAACAUAGCAGUUUGUCUACUCCUGAUCUAAUACAGUACAUUAAUAUUUAGAUUGUUAGCAUGUGACUUUUUCUAUUAGGGUGUUCUUAAUACAGUAUGUGCAGCUACAUUUUUCAAACUAAUUGGCACAUCCUCCCAGACUAGUCUACAGAACCAAAAUGCAUUGGCUUCCUCCAAAACAGUGUAGUAUCCUAAAUUAUUUUUUUUCUCACCUGAAGGGAAUUUUCCUCACCUUUUCACAUUCUUCCAAAGAAAAACGUUUAAGCAGUUGAUUGGUCUAUGAGUGGAUGACUUUUCCAUUUUUUUUCUGAAAGUAUUUCAGUGACUGUUUUUCUCUUGUGUGGGCCCUGGACUUACUGUAACUGUUACCUUCUCACUUCUCAGGAUGUUGCACAUCCUUGCUGCUCACUGGAAGUGCGACGAAACCCCUUAUUCUCUUUGCUCUUCACCAAACCUAAUCAAAGCCAUAACAAAUCAGAUCUCUGAAUCUCCAAUGGCCACUCGGUGCUUGUUCUGGGACAGGAAGUACAUGGCCGGACUGUUAUUUUGUUAUUCAGAGGUCACAGUGACACAAUAUACAGUAUAUUGCUUGUUAUUUGCACUUAAACACAGUCAUAAUUUCUGGUAAUUUUGCCUUAAGAUCACAUUGGUGCCUCUGAUACUCCCCACUUAAAAACAAGCAGAUUUACUGGUGUAUAAUCAGUGGAGCCUUAGCAAAAUACAUAUAUUUGUUCAUACCAUGAAACGAAAAACAAUCAAUGAGGGAAAAAGAUAUUUAAUAACUUGCUUAGAAUUGAUUUAAUCAUGAGUGUCUUUUAAGCGACAUAAAAUGUUAUGUCUGUCAUCUGGUGGAGGGACACAUCAAGACGUCAGACACUUGGAGGAAAAAAAAAAAUGCCUCAUGACUGUUUCUGAAGUGGCUCUGGCUCAAGUUCUCUAGAAAUCCCACCGCGAUGUUUUAUCCAGAUAUCAAUAUAUUUUUUCAUAAACAAACUAUACAAGCGGUAUUCUUUUCUUCUUGUUUUUGUUUCCUGUAUAUUUUUGUCUGAUGUGAUCAUAUAUUUGUAAGAUGUGAUAUUUCAAAGACAAAAUAUCUGUCCAUUAACACGAGGGCAUGUCUUUAUGCACUAAAAUAAUACAAAAUUAUUGUUGCUUUGUAUUUCUGUCCAUUUAUGUUUUUGCGGUUCUCUGAUCUUUUAGAUUUUUUUAAAUGAUUUCUUUUCCUCUCUCUUUCUCUUUUCUGUACUGUAUACAUGAAUGGGAAUUUGCUCAGCAGCUUAAAGACUUUUUACCUUUGACUGAACCUUUUGUCCUAAAGACGAGCCUGGCAUUUUGUUGUACUCUGAAGCUGGCGCUAUAUUUGGCUGGCGGUCCCUUCUAGACGAAUGUUCAUAUGAAAUGAAAAUUCAAACUGUAUUUAGUUUUCAUGUGUUCAUGUAAUUCAUGUCAUUGGCACCUUUUUGUCACUUCUCGUUUUCUUCUGUCGCGUGCUGUUUUCGGCACGAUACAACUAUUGUCAUAAUGCUUCUGACUGUACUGAUGAAUAUAGAAACAAACUUUAACACAGACUUUGUUUUCGCUACAGAUAAAUGUCAUUUUUUUAAUCCCCUUUGUAAUAUCUUUGAAGAUAAAUUUGGUCAUUUUUUUUGACGGUCCUUGUCUAACUUAUUCUUACAGAAUUGGUUUAUACCUGUCGUCAUCACAGUUUGUGGCAUAGUAAUGUUACCUAGAAUUGUUAUAAAAAAAAAAAAGAGCAGUUUAAUGGAAAAUGCAACAAUUUGAAAGUUGCACUUAGUGUUGUGGUUUUUCACACUCCUGUUGUUGGACUGAUGAUUUCAGAAAUUGUCCUACUGUACAUAUCUGUACUAAAUGAAUAUAUUUACUUUUCCAUGCAUGUCCAAGUGGAAUACUAUGAACACUUACAUACAGUGCUGCAGUUUUAAUUAAAGAAACUACAUCUUAAUGAA